UAUUACUGGUUUCUGGGUUCAUAUGGAAAAAAAUGGUUGCAGAUCGUACGGGAAAAAUACAAUAAUAAUUAACACAGUGUAUGCAUCGGAAGUGAGAAAGAAUGAAAUAGUAAUUCCAUCCAAUGCUUCAGUUUUAGAUGUGAAAUUGUUCGAAGAUGAAGAAGUUUAUCUGAUAAUACUUUUCAAUUCUGGAGUGUUGGAUGAAAAGAUCUACAUCUAUGAGUACAAGACAGAAAACAACAGCUGGUCGAUCCAACAGAUGUUUCACUCCAAUACCCCAUUGGCUUAUGACUUGAUUUCUGAGGAAGGCGGACGGUUCCCUUUCCGUCUUGCCGUUGCAUCAAAGCCACCAAAUUCCUCCAUCUCAGUUUAUGCUUGGGUGGAAAAGAAGUUUGAGCUGUUUGUAUACCACACAAAGCCAGCCAUCAGUGCAGUUCUGUGGGUUCAAACAGAGAAAGAGCUGUGUCUGUUGCUGGCAAGAGCAAACACGACUCUCUUAAAAGAUAAUGGGCAGGUGCAGACUUCCUUGGAGGUGCUGGAGGUUUUAGCGCUGGCAGACGAUCUCAUCCUUGAUCACACGGUCAGCAUUCACAAUGUUAAUACUCUUAAGCGGUUCUAUUUGGCGGGGGAGGUAUUCGUACUUGCCUGCAGCAGGCAAUUGCAGGUGAUUUAUAUGCUCCAGCUCAGAGGUCAGAAUGGCUUUCAGAUAGUGCAAGAAGUUCCCGCCCCAGGGGUCACCGGAGCUGUAGUCUUCACGACAGAAGAUGAUGAUGUGAUGCUAGCUGUUAGCUCAGACACUGGCCACACCAGGAUUUUAAAAGCCAUGAUCAAAGGAGAACGCUUCUUGGAAGAUUGAUGAAUUGCUCUCUAUGGCAUGGAAGCAGUUUAUUUUAAAAAAAAUUGUUCAGUGGUGCAACUGAAGUAAACUUUUCAAAUCAUUGAAGAAUGAUAAUGCAGGUUUUUUUUAAAUGAGUCAUUUUAGUACUUUAUUUUUCGAAAUGUGCAGUUUUAUUUUUUUUUUUUCAAAUUUUAGCCUAUUUGUUUAAAGGUAAAUGGUUAUCCUUAAAAGGCAUAGAUUCAGUAUGUCGCAUUUCAAUUGAAUUCUUCAAGUUUUAAAUAUAUUCUG